AAACGAGCACACCCACAAGUCUCUCGACAGGAAGUCUCUCGGCGUUUGUUUUGAGACGCGUGUGGUGCCAUUUAAACGUAGUAAACGUACUUGACAGUUGUUUUAUUUUGAUAAAUGAAUUAGAAAUACUUUAAAAAACAUUCACAAUACGCGAUUCCCCUAAAAAUGCCACCUAAAAAACGCAACUCCGGGACUACACAGAACAAGGAAGUGAAGCCCAGUGUUAAAAGUCCACCCCCAGACAAAAAGGACAACGCAGAAUUAUCUAUUAAAAAACACAAAGAGAAAGACGAGGACUUCGUGGGCCUUUGCAUGACCCUCCAAGUGACUGACUUAGUGUGCGACCAAGCAUGGACAUUUUGGAAGUCUGUUCAGAAAUCCAUAGAGGAUAACCCUGACACCCAGCGGAGGAUGUGGGGUGUAUGUCUCUACGUCACCUCGACGGACAUGGAUGUGGCCAGCUUCACCCUCACUCAGAUGCAGAAAGCUGUGGAACUGAAUGUGAAGCAGUUUCUGUCCUUGGUGAGGAAGCUGGACGUGAACAUGGACACCAUCAGUAGCCGAGUUCACUCGGUUCUGACCCAUCUGGAGAAGAGAUACGACGUGACGCUGGCGCUGUACCAGAGAUUUGAGAAAACAUGCAUGAAAAUCUUUUCGGCUGACUCUGUCAAGGAGAAGGAGAUGCAGCACACCUGUUGGACGAUGUUUUUGCUAGCCAAAGGAAGGGCUCUGCAGAUGGAGGACGACCUGGUCAUCGCCUUCCAGCUGCUGCUGUGUGUGCUCGAGUUCUUCAUCAAGCGUUGCCCCGCGGGCGCUCUGCAGCCCCUCUACCAAUCCUCCAUUAGCAAAGCCCAGAGUCCGCCGACGCGAACCUCCCGCCGCAACCAGAGCAAAGCCAAGCCCCGGCCCCCGGAGCCUGAGCUGGACGUACAGCUGCUGGAAACGCUGUGCGAGGAGAACGACUGUAACCCAGAGGAGGUGAAGAAUGUGUACAAGAACAGCUUCUGUGCUUUCCUGGAGUCGAUGGACCUCUCGAGAUCCCAGGAUCUUCCCCAGGCCAGCGAGCUGAGCAGGCAGUAUGAAGAGAUGCACCUCAGGGCCAGAGACUUUGACGGGCGCCUCUUUCUGGACGGGGACCAGACCCUGCUCGGCCCCACGUCGCACCCAUCGCAGGCGGCGGAGAGGACCCCCAAGAAGAACCAGCCCGAGGAAGAGGCCGUGCUCAUCCCACCGCAAACCCCCAUCAGAGCCGCCAUGAGCUCCAUCCAGCAGCUAAGGCUGGACCUCACCUCCACCGGGGACCAGCCCUCCGCCAACCUCGUGAUCUAUUUCAAAAACUGCACGGUGGACCCCACCGACGGGGUGCUGCGGCGCGUGGAGACCCUGGGACAGAUGUUCGGCCAGAGGUUUUGUUCGGCAGCCGGGCCCCGCAUGGCCGACACCGGCAGACAGAGGUUUACACUGGGGGUCCGGCAGUAUUACAAAGUCAUGGAGUCCAUGCUCAAAUCGGAGGAAAAGAGGCUUUCUGUGCAGAACUUCAGUAAACUCCUCAAUGACUCCACCUUCCACACCUCACUCUUGGCCUGUGCGUUGCAAGUAGUCAUGGCAACUUACGGAGGCCCCGGUGUGAAGACAGGAGGGUACACCCACGCGACCUGCGGCAACGGGGAGCCCGCGGAGUCGGACCUUAGCUUCCCCUGGAUCCUGGACGUGUUCGAGCUGGCCGCCUUCGACUUCUACAAGGUGAUCGAGAGUUUCAUCAAGGCGGAGCCCAGCCUGAGCAAAGACAUCGUGAAGCACCUGGAGAUCUGCGAGCACCUCAUCAUGGAGACCCUGGCCUGGAGGAAGGGCUCCCUGGUGUUCGACCUGCUGAAGCAGGCCCAGGGGGAGGGCUCGGCCGAGCAGCCUGAGACCCCCGCCACCCUCAACCAGCCCCUGCAGCACAACCACACCGCUGCAGACCUAUAUCUGUCCCCCGUGCGUCCGGGCUACCGCGUGCUGCCGCCCCCUCAGUGCCCCGGGACCCCCCCCACCAGCCUGGGGUCCCUCUCCCAGGCACCGAUCCCCCAACACCCGCGCUCCAACUCCCUCAGCCUCUUCUACAAAAAGCUGUACCGACUGGCCUACACCAGGCUGAACAUGCUGUGCUCCUACCUGCUGUCCUCCAACCCCGACCUGGAGCCCUUCAUGUGGACCCUGCUCCAGUACACCCUGCAGCACCAGUACGAGCUGAUGAGAGACCGCCACCUGGACCAGCUGAUCAUGUCGGCGAUGUACGCCAUCUGCAAAGUGAAGAACGUGGACCUGCGCUUCAAGACCAUCGUCACGGCCUACAAGACGAUGCCCAACACCAACCAGGAGACCUUCAAGCACGUGCUGAUCACGGAGGGGACGGAGCUCAGGGGCCCGCACCACGACUCCAUCAUCAUCUUCUACAACCAGGUGUUCAUGCAGAAGCUCAAGAACAACAUCAUGCAGUACGCCUCGGCCAGGCCCCCCACCCUGUCUCCCAUCCCGCAGAUCCCCCGCAGCCCCUACAAGUACCCCAGCUCCCCGCUGCGCGUGCCCGGCAGCAACAACGUCUACAUCUCGCCGCUGAAGAACCCCCGCAUGUCUCCCAGCAUCAUGACCCCCCGGUCCAGGAUGCUGGUCUCCAUCGGUGAAUCAUUUGGGCCGUCCAACCGCUUCCAAAAGAUCAACCAGAUGGUGAACAGCAGCGACGGCUCUAUGAAGAGGUCCAUGGAGCAGGGCUCCGCCCCCAAACCCCUGAAGAGGCUGCGCUUCGACAUGGACGGACAGGACGAGGCCGACGGCAGCAAAGCGGCCGGGGAGUCGACUCUCAUACAGAGGCUGGCAGAGAUGAGCUCCACGAGGUGCCGCAUGCAGGAGCAGAAGAUGAAGGAGGACGCAGAGUCAGGGAAACAGUAGCGCCGCCGGGGGGCCCGCUGAAGACCCCUGCCCUGUUAGGGGCCACUCACACUAGGGCCGUUUGCCUGUUCCGUGCUUCCAGCGCGAUUCCCCCCCUCCCCACUAUAAAGAAAGAAGGGUCGCGCAAGGACUACGUCCAGCUCACGUUGCAUAUCCGCGCGUCAUCAUGCAAAUGAGCUCGGGCACGGUGCCGCUGCCCUAGUGUGAGUGGCCCCUUAGACCCCCCCUGGCUCCUGCCCUCCCCCUCCGGCCCUGAAGGACGCUGUUCGGACUUCUGUUUGCUUCUUGUUUUUGUACACGGAGUCGUUGCUUGGCUCGCUAGACCUUUUUGGUUGCUUUUAAGAGUUUCUUCUUCCUGAUUAUUUUUGUGUUUUUUUUUAAAAGAUGUGCAUAUAGAGAAUUUCUUUCUUAUUUGUUUAUUCUUUUUUUUUUAUCUCUUAUUAUUUGGAUGAUUUUACCUGUCAAAUCAUUGAAAACGUCUUUCAGAAAUAUUCGGUAUAAAUGAUUUCUACUCCACUUCCAAUGGAACGUGUGUUGUUGAAGCCUUUCGUGUCACCGGGUGUAAUGGCGUGGAUACAAACUUAUUUCGAAACAAUUAUGACUAAAAGAGUUCAAGUCAUGAUGUGACUUUUCACAAGAUCAUUGUAGAAAAAAGGUAUUGUAACUUAGCUUCAACUUUCGCUAAUUUCAAUGAUGGUCAAUUCAAUUCACAAGCUUCCUCUGCAUUAUUGGUACAGCGUCUGCUAAAUGCCCUAAUUGUAAUUGUAAUUGAAAGCAACUAAAAUAGGACUUCAAUUGGUGCAUGUGUCAAAAGUUUCUCCUUAACUACUGACCGCGAUUGCAGGGCUCAGAUGCAGCAAAAAGGGCUGGUUUACCAUCGAUAGACAUCGACAAGCACAAUGGAUCAAAAGGAGACAAAGACUUAUGGGUCUAUAUACUAUAAGUACCGGUACAUGUCUAUCUUGGGUUUACAUGUAUUUUGUGAUUGAAUAUCUGGAUCUACAGGUGCCUACAAGGGUUGUUUGCAGGCAACUAUGUAGUUCAACCCAAGUAGGGUUAUCGCCUCUUUUGAGGUUGGAGUAGGACAAAUAAAGUUGUGGCAGUUGCAGCUUUUAUAAGGGUGUUUAGUAAAAUGUGCAAAAUAAAUUUGUUAGAAAAAUCAGUCCCUCCAGAAAAACGCGAUUAUGCGAUCGCAUAAUUCAACGCAUCAUGAGCCAAAGUCUGCAUAUUAAUGCGGGGGCCGCAUUUUUGAAGUGACAUAAUUACGCCACGUGAACGUCAUGGAAAAGCGUCAUUUUUCGCGAGUUCCCGAAUUUUUGCAAGUUCCCGCAAUUUCAUUGCAUAAAAUUGCAUAAAUAUGCCGCAUAUUUCUUAAGAUAUAUAUUUCUAUAUUUUUUAAGAAAACGUGCCGCAUAAUCAAGGAUUUCUGGAGGGACUGAAUAAUAGGUCGAUAUACCAAAGUCGAAAAGGUGUGAGUGAAAGGUCCAAUUUUAAAAGGGUCUGAGUUUGUUGUGUUUAUUGAUCUAGUUGCAAAAUAUAGUAAAUAGUUCUGUUUGGA